AUGCCUGCUUCGGAACAGCUAAGAUCCCUCCUCUUUCGUGCCCGACUCUGGUUGGGCACGAAGCGCUUCGGUCUUUUAGGACCUAGCAGUGUCAGAGUGAGCUCGAACCGAAUCAUCAAAGGCCCGUGUGAACCUGUUGAACUUGAAGCACUGAAAUACGUUCGGCAACACACCUCCAUACCUGUGUCCAAGGUCCAUCGAACCCAUCGACUUGACGGACGCCUCUAUAUCGAGAUGGAAUACAUCCACGGUGAUACCCUCAGAGAUUUAUGGUACGGCGACAGUUUAUCCGCGGGUGAGAGGCAAGCCAUUCUUCAAGAGCUUGCUGGUUAUAUUGAACAACUUAGAAAACUCGAUCCCCCUGCAAAAUGGGCCGUGGCUUCAUCAGACCUUGGCCCAAGUCUUGACUACCGAGUGGGAUACCGGCUCUUUGGCCCUUUCGACAGCAACGGAGAAUUCCAUUCUUUUCUCCGGGGGAACAUUCCGUUGGAGAAUUGUACGCAAGUCUUCGGUGACGUGGUCACGCGGUGUCAUGCUCGUCAGUACCGAACGUGUUUCUCUCACGCCGACCUUUGUCCCCGGAACCUCAUUGUGCGCAAUGGCAAGAUCGCGGCCGUUAUUGAUUGGCAAUUCGCCGGCUGGUAUCCGGAAUAUUGGGAAUACACUAAGGCGCAUUAUUCGUUUCCCAACGUGGACUGGUGGGACAGAUUUGAGCAGGCUGUCACUCGCUACGAUGAUGAGCUGGCUGCGGAACGCGCUCUAUGGCGACAACUGGACGAACCAGGAAUGUUGUUCACUUAG